CGACAUAGCACGUCCGUCAUCUUCAUCUUCCCUCCAUCUGCUCCAACUCUUCACCUCAUUAAACACACACUGAAAGGGAGAGAGAGAUGGAGUUUUCUGAAUAUAACACUAUCUGACCUUCUUGUCAUAUCACAAACCAAAUCUCUCACAUUCGUUUUUCCUCAUCGAAACAUUCUAAUUCUUCUUCUUUUCUCUGUAUGGGUUGUCGAGAUGUUCUUUUGACAUUCUCCAUCGCUCUCUUGCUCAUCUUUUUGUUUCAGAUCUGGCCUUUCAGGGAAGGACAAGUCCGGGAACUGUCGGAAGAUAACAUACUCGCAAAAGGUGGAAACACCCUUGUCUCAAAUAACAAGAAAGACGAGGAUGAUGUUCAACGACUCUUCCAAAGGUAUUUCAAGGGAUCAUCUUUUGGCCUAAAUAACAACAGCAACACUCGCUUUGAAGAUUCCGAUAGAAAGAUCCCUAGUUCCCCUGAUCGCCUCCACAACUAAUAUCCUAUUAUGACGAUUUCUCCACUGAGGCUAUAUAUGAUUUGAUUGUACACCUCUUUGAUAUAUCAUUUCGAUAACAUCUUUGUUCCUCAAUCUGGUAAAAAAAAU